GGCCGGGACCGCCUCUCCGGGGCGUGUCGGGGAGGAGGGACCGACCCGUCCCGGCGUUUAGAGCCGGCACGGAGGGGAUCGCGGGUGGGAGCGCCCAGUCGCCGCGAUGUCCCACUCGGUGGCCCUGCGUGGUCCCUCGCCGUGGGGGUUUCGUUUGGUGGGUGGUAAAGAUUUCAGCGCCCCGCUGACCAUCUCCAGGAUUAACCCUGGCAGUAAAGCAGCCAUGGCAAACUUGUGCCCAGGAGAUAUUAUUCUGGCAAUUAAUGGAGAGAGCACGGAGAACAUGACACACCUAGAAGCACAAAACAAGAUCAAAGCAUGCAUGGACCAGCUACUGCUCUCCGUGAACAGAGCCGAAGGGAAGACCUGGUCACCCCCUGUUCUGGAAGAUGGCAAGGCUCAAGCUUACCGGAUCAACAUAGAGCCGGAACCGCAGGACAACGGGCCUGCCCAAAGCAGGAGGCCGAUGACCCCCGGGACUGGUGGCAGCCCCAUGGAGAACAAGCAGAUGCUGAACGUGCAGCAUCACCACCCAACCCGGCUCUACGCCAACAGUGGCUCCGAGUCGGCUCUGCCGGGCCAGCUGAGCGGGCUCCACAUCACUCCUGCCCAGAGCCUCGACCCCUUGAAGUCUCUCCCACGGAACAGAAAUGGGAUUGAUGUGGAGUCAGAUGUCUACAAGAUGCUCCAGGAUUAUGAGAAGCCCGUUUCAGAGCCGAAGCAAUCUGGAUCCUUCCGAUACUUGCAGGGCAUGUUGGAGGCUGGUGAGAACGGUGAAAAGCUCGACAAACUGAGCCUGGGCACGAUCGUCAAAGCUCGGGACAAGCUCUACCACCCCGAGUGCUUCAUGUGCGACGACUGUGGCCUCAACCUGAAGCAGAGAGGGUAUUUCUUCAUCGAAGAGCAGCUGUACUGCGAGACGCACGCGAAGGAGAGGGUUAAGCCCCCCGAGGGAUAUGACGUGGUGGCUGUUUAUCCAAACGCUAAAGUUGAACUUGUCUAAACCCAGGCUGUGCUCUGGAGAGGUCGGGCGGCCGCGCGCCCACCCACGUCCUCCCCGCCGGCUGCGCAGUGUGGCUGUAAUCAACCCCGAUUACCAAAGCCCAAGUUAAAAUGCCUUUUCCUAGAUAAAACCGUUUACACUUGGGAUCUCCAGGGGAUGGUGUUGAAAGCAUACGAACAAGUUUUUCCCUUCUUUUUGACACUCUGCUUUUUGGGUUGCUGUGUUGGGUUAUUAGUCUGUGCCAUAACCGUAUCCAAGAUCUGUGUAAAUACUGAUUAAUCCUCUACUCUGUUUCAUAUAAAACCAGUAUUGCUUUUUAUUGCUCCCCUCUUCUGAAAAAGCGAGGAAGAUGUUUUAAAAGCUCAAAGACAAGAAGGCACUUUAACAAAAGAAGCUGACUCCUUUAUCCCGACCUUAAUCUCCUGCCCUCCGGCUGCCCCAGCGAUUAAAAACCGACCCCCUGAGGGGUCUGGGAUGUGGUACCCUGGGUCCCUGGCUCAGCCCCGUCCCAGCAGAUGUGCCAAGGAAGGACAGUUUCUUAAACCAGUAUUUGCUGUGAAAUUCCCUGGAUCAGGGCACUGCAGUUUGAGGCUGACGCGGACCGAUCCGAGUUCCCCAAGAGAUCUCCACACUGAGUGUGCAUCGAGGCUUUUUUAUUCCUUCUUUCACCCCCAAUUUGGUUGUUUUGUCACCUAAUCUCCCGGGCACACCUUUAGCACGGAGCUCACCUCGGCUAUGGCCCCCUCCCAAACUCCUGCCCCACAGCUGUCCUUGCUUUGGCUGUUCUGACUCUUCCCCAGUUUUUUGGUAGAUUUUUUGUAGUCUUUUAUUUCUAGAUCCCCAGACUGCUGCCAUCCAGGUCUGCUUCCCAGCAAGGAGGUGGCAAUAAAAUCCCUCCAGGCACUUAGGAAGUAACCAGAGAGGUGGUGAGCCCUGAGUCCGGAGGGCAGCAGCUUUGGAUUUAUACCCAUACCCCAAGGCUGCACUUUCACCCAGACCUGUCGUCCACUUUAUCCGACGGCGAAAAGUUUUGAGGAUCUUGGGAUGUUGCUUAGUUGGAGAAAUGUUUUAUUUGUGUUUGGAGGAGAGAGAGUUUAGUCACCCGGCUGCUGGGCACCACCGCACGUGGUGGUAGGAGCUGUGUGUUUGGUACCACGAGGUUACUUCUGCAUUGCAAUAGCCACCUUCCUCCUCCUCACUUGAUAGAGGGAGGAUGUGGGGGAGAAAAACGUCUGUGCUCGCUUCUCUUCUGUGGAAAAGGAAAAUAAGGGAUGGGGCGAUGGCCAAAGUGCUUCUGGCUCUCUGUCACAGGGUCUGAGAAAUCUGGGACUGGAGGAGGGCUGGGAGCCGAGCGUGCCAUUUCUUCCAACAGGUUCUGCAGCCCAGAAGGGAGUAAGGAUUUUAGGGUGUUACCGGGCUCCAUCUAGACCUCUUCAUGUGGUGCUUUAUAGGGCUUGGAGCUGCUCCUGCCCGGUGCCUGGCAGCCUCCGGGCAGGGCUGGGCUGCCCGAGCGUGUGUCCCAGCUGGGUACCACCUGGCAGCCGCAGGGAUGCUGGCCGUGUGCCUUCCUGCCAGCACCACAACAUCCUCCUCCCCCUCCUUCUGCCAUCAGGAUUUUUAAUUAUUUAAAGUGCAAGAGAAACACAUGGAAAUUUGUAUUUUGCACAGGCUUGCUCAGUAGGUUGGACCAUCUGAAGGGAAAUACUUGGGACAGCUGUAAAUGAGGAGGAUACUAACGAUAAUCAGGUGGGAAGCGAGGCUGCCCUUGUUUGCAGGCCUCUGCUUGGAGCUCGUUGCUUUGUCAUUGUCAGAAACAUUUGUUCUGAAUUCCUCCGUUAACCUCACGUGCUGCUGGGCUGGGCUCCGGUGCCUGUAGUGUGAAAGUGCAGAUGUUACCCAAACCCAGGACUGAAUCCAGCUUGGCUGAGCAAUGGAAAACUCACGACACGAAUGGCCCAGGGGGCUUUUCCCAUUUUCCACAGCAGACGGUCGUAGCUGCCACUCUCUGCCGCUCUUGUCCCCUGUCUUGU